CGUAACGAAGCCAUAAUCGCGCACUGUCGCCGCUACACGCUCGACACAACACACCCGUCACAAAUCAACGCGUACAAUCAACCGCCAAGAUGCCCGACAUCAAGCGAUGGGUCAAGCUCAUCACCCACCAGAGUCCCAUUCCGGGGCCGUCGCCCGUAGAGGGAUUCCCCAUGCGCCAGUGGAGCAUCGAGAUCUGGCUGCUGGACGACCAGGGCAACGAGGUCCUGCCCACCGUCUUCGAGAAGUGCACAUACAACCUCCAUCCGUCGUUCGAGAAGAACAAGCAAGUCUUCAAGAAGCCGCCGUUCCGCAUCGAUGAGAAGGGCUGGGGAGAGUUCGAAAUGAACAUUGUCCUCACCGCAGUCGGCAAGGGCGGCGAUCACACUCUCCCUCACGACCUCAACUUCCAGUCCGAGCGCUAUGAGGCCAAGCACCAGGUGACCUUCCGGAAUCCCAAGCCAGAGCUCGUCACCCUCCUCCAAGAGUCCGGCGCGGCGGACAUGAAUGGUGUCCGUGGCAAGGACGCUUCCAAGAAGAAGGGCAGGCGGGACAAGAACGUCGACAUGGAGAAGCUCGCGGAUGGCCUGCAGAAGCUGAGCGAGGAGGACCUGCUCCACGUGGUCACCUUGGUUCAUGACAACAAGACGAGCGAGACUUACACCAAGAACGAUGUCGAGAAUGGCGAGUUCCACGUCGAUCUCUACACUCUCCCAGACUCGCUCGUCAAGAUGCUGUGGGACUACACCGCUUCAAAGGUCGAGUUGUAGACGUGUUCGAUCACUCCCUUUUUCGUGUCCAUUGAAGGUUUGCUUCUGAGCUUGGAGUUACGGGCAAAAGCUGCAUGAGUGACAUGCACAAAUGAUAGUAUUCAAACAA